UGUGUGUGUGCGCGUUGGAGGGAUGAUGAUGACGGCGUUUGGGGAGCUGUGAGUGUCUUUAAGAGCUUCUCUCUGCUGCUCACUGGUGUCAGGAUAGAGAGGCACGAGCCACUGAAAUACUCGCGAGAACAAAGAUAGGCGCGAAUCGUAUUGGAAAUACGUUAAUUUUCAUACACAUUUAGGAUAUACUGCAAUCGGUAAACCUGGACAACAUGCAGUUGCCAAAGUCACGGGCUUUUCAUGUCAGUUUGACGCUGCUGUCCGUUCUCAGCUCGACAAUGUGCGCCAGUCACUACAGUUGUGAUGGAUCUCUGGCAUCUCUUCUGCCUGCAACUUCCUUUCAGAGCUCUUCACAUUUCUCAGACAGUCGGGCUGCGCACUUUGCCAAAUUAAACAAAAGAGAUGGAGGUGGUGGGUGGAGCCCAGAGUUGAUGGACAAGUCACCCUGGCUGCAGGUUGACCUCCAGGACCGAGUGGAGGUGACAGCGGUGGCCACGCAAGGUCGUCACGGUAGCACGGAUUGGGUCAGUGCCUACAUGCUCCUGUACAGUGACACCGGACGCGUCUGGAAGCAGUACAUGUUAGAGGACAUUGUUGGGAGGUUGGUGGGUAACGUGAAUCCAGACAGUGUGGUCCACCAUAAACUCAGCCAGUCUAUCAGAACCCGGUUCCUCCGCUUUGUUCCUCUGGAUUGGAGCCCCAGUGGUCGGGUGGGCCUUAGAUUGGCUGUGUAUGGCUGUGCUUACCGAUCUUAUGUGGCUGAUUUUGAUGGCAGAAGCUCUUUGCUCUACCGAUUCAACCAGAAGUCUAUGAGCACAGUGAAAGAUGUUAUAUCGUUGCGAUUUAAGAGUCGACAGGCAGAAGGUGUUUUACUGCAUGGGGAAGGCCAGCGAGGAGAUUAUAUCACUCUGGAGCUUCAUCGUGGCAGAUUGGCAUUGCAUCUAAACCUGGAUGACAGCAGGGUGAGAUCCAGCAAUGCUCGUAUGGUGGUCACUCUAGGAAGUCUCUUGGAUGAUCUGCACUGGCACUCUGUUCUGAUCGAACGCUUUAACAAGCAGGUCAACUUCACUUUGGACAGACACACUCAGCACUUCAGGACCAAGGGUGAUGGAGACUCUCUAGAGGUCGACUAUGAGCUAAGCUUUGGCGGGAUCCCACUGCCAGGUAAACCAGGAACUUUCAUUCGACGUAACUUUCAUGGCUGCAUGGAGAACCUCUACUACAAUGGAGUGAAUGUCAUCGACCUAGCGAAACGGAGAAAACCUCAAAUAUACAGUGUGGGCAACGUGACAUUUUCCUGCUCUGAACCACAGCUGGUGGCCGCCACAUUUCAGAGCUCCAGCAGCAGCUUUCUGUUGCUGCCAGCACCUGCACCGAUCCUGGAGGACCUUUCAGUGGGCCUGCAGUUUCGCACAUGGAACCCUGAUGGCCUACUGCUGUCCAGUCCACUGAUCUCUGGUCAGGAACCCCGUUACCUGAUUUUGCAGAUCAGCAGUGGGCGCCUCCAUCUCACACACCAGACAUCAGCGCUGAAGAUGUCAGAAGUGUCAGCUGGUCAGAGGGUGAAUGAUGGUUUGUGGCAUUCUGUGAGUCUCAACACUAGAGGUCUUCAGAUCAUCAUGAUCCUGGACAGUGAGCCUGCCUCCACCAUCCAGCUCAAGAGCUACUUGCAACCAAAAGACAAACACUAUUUUGGAGGAUGUCCUGUAUCCCAGAACGACUCUAGCUGCCUGAAUCCCACGAUGGCCUUUCAAGGCUGCGUCCGGCUCAUCCGUGUCAACAACCAACCUGUUGAUCUUCUCUCAGUCCAGCAAGGUCAUCUAGGAAGCUACGAUCAGCUACAGUUUGACUUGUGUGGCAUUCGUGACAGGUGUCUGUAUAAUUUUUGUGAGCAUGGCAGCCGGUGUUCCCAGACGUGGUCUUCUUUCUCCUGUGAUUGCACUGGUACAGGAUACAGUGGAGCUACGUGCCAUAACUCCGUCUAUGAAGCGUCAUGUGAACACUAUAGGCUUGCUGGAAGCACUUCUGGAUAUUUCUCUAUAGAUCCUGAUGGAAGUGGCCCUCUUGAUCCUAUUCAGGUCUACUGUAAUAUUACAGGGGACAAAGUGUGGACAGUGGUUCGUCACAACAGCUCGAAUGCAGUCAGAGUACGAGGCUCUACACUGCAGAAGCCAUAUGUGGGAUGGUUUAAUUAUAGUGCCUCAUCUGAACAGCUGAAGGCCCUGGUGUCUCUGUCAGAACACUGUGAGCAAAGAAUUGCCUACCACUGCAGAAGGUCACGGCUGUUUAACCCCUUGGACGGCACCCCUUUGUCCUGGUGGGUGGACCGCAGAGGAGAGAAGAGGACCUACUGGGGUGGAUUCCAGCCAGGGGUGCAGCAGUGCUCCUGCGGUCUGGAAGAGAACUGUGCUGACAUGAACUACUUCUGCAACUGUGAUGCAGACAGAGUGUCAUGGGAGAAUGAUACUGGCGUCCUCUCAUAUAAGGAGCACUUGCCGGUGCGGGAGAUUGUGGUUGGUGAUACUUACAGAUUGGGCUCUGAAGCCAUGUAUGUCGUGGGACCCCUGCAGUGCUCUGAUGACAAGUUCCUGUGGAAUUCUGUAUCUUUUUAUCAAGCGGCAUCAUAUCUUCAGUUCCCAGCUCUCCAGGUGGAGCUUUCCCUCGAUGUCUCCUUCUACUUUAAGACUGCUUCCCCCUCCGGGGUAUUCCUGGAAAACAUGGGCAUUCAAGACUUUAUCAGGGUUGAGCUGAGCUCUCCCUCAGCUGUGACUUUCUCCUUUAAUGCGGGCGACGGGCCAGUAGUCCUGACCGUAAAAUCUCCUGUGCCACUGAACGACAGGCAGUGGCAUUGGGUUCGAGCUGAGCGCAAUGUGAAAGAAGCAUGCCUGCAGGUCGACCAGCUGCCCCUGCGGAUCAUAGAAACCCCACCUGAUGGACACAUUCGCCUUCAGCUUGGAAGCCAGCUGUUUGUUGGGGGCACAGCCGCAAGACAAAAAGGCUUUUUUGGAUGUAUUCGAGAAUUUAACAUGAAUGGAGUGAAUUUCAACUUGGAGGAACGGGCCAAAGUGACACCAGGAGUGAGUUCAGGGUGUGCGGGUCAUUGUAGCAGCUCAGCCGGGCUCUGCCACAAUCGUGGGAAAUGCAUUGAGAAAAGCAGUGGUUACAUGUGCGACUGCACUAACUCCGCUUAUGGAGGACCCUCUUGCACAGAAGAGGUGUCCAUGUCCUUUGAAAGAGGAGCAUCGGUCACCUACAUUUUUCAGGAGCCGUUCUCUGUCAUACAGAACAGGUCGGCAGCAGUUCUGUCUGUCCCUUCUCAGUACAGCAAGACCAGAGACAACCUGGCACUGAGUUUCCAGACCACACAGAGUCCUGCCAUGCUGCUCACAGUCAGCACCCUCAGCCAGCAGUAUGUGGCCAUCAUCCUAGCACGGAACGGGAGUUUGCAGAUCUGGUACCAACUGCAUAAGGAGAAGAGACCGGAUGUGUUCAGCCCCAUCUUCAGCAGCCUGGCAGACGGACGGCUGCAUAGAGUUCACAUCCAGCGGGAAGGAAAGGAUGUCUUUGUUCAGGUUGACCAUGAAAAUAAGAAGUACACCCUUUCAUAUGAUGCUUCGUUUAACUCUAUGAAGUCACUGACCUUGGGAAAAGUCACAGGAAGUGAUGUAUUGGAUGAAGAGGUAGCUCAUGCUGGGUCCAAAGGCUUCAUUGGCUGCUUCUCAUCUGUCCAGUACAACCAUGUUGCUCCACUGAAGGCAGCAUUAUUGAACCGAGGGAGCUCUCUAGUCAGCAUACGAGGACAUUUACUGGAAUCAAAUUGCGGAGCAUUAGCUGACCUUUCAACCUCUGUAUCUCGUUUAGAUCAUGGAGAGGAGGUGGGAAAAGAUAACGAGCAUCGUGAAGACAACAGCCAGCCUGAUUCAGCUGUAAUCGGAGGUGUUGUGACAGCUGUGGUCUUCAGUACCCUCUGUGUGCUGGCAGUGAUGACUCGUUUCCUUUACCUGCAUCGACAAGCUCAAAGAACUGCAACACUCCAAGAAAAGGAACACCAACAUAGCCUUGAAGCUGCUUACAGGGCAGAGUUUCACCUUCACAACUCCAUGAGAGACCGCAUGCAAGAGUACUACAUCUGAUGGACAAUUCUGUUGCUUCAGUUCAGCUAUCAGUUCCUCCCAUGUCCCCUUCAGCAAACGUGUUGUGAGGCCAUUUCUAUCCAGUAAGGAUGGUAAGUUGGAGAUUUCCUCACUUUUGGAGCAGUGAAAUCUUCUGAUCCGUGUAAGUAGUAGCUUGUAGUUUGCCCCAAGUGUUGGAUUAAUCAGCAUUAGGUUGUUUAUGGGAUAUGAGUGGUGUGUUGGGAGGUGUUUGUAUUAAUUCAGUAAUAUGCCCUCUGGAUAGAAACUGAAAUGGAGAGCAUUAUCCUUAGUGCAUGAAUGCAGAUGCAGAUGCUGAAGUGUUAAUCAUACUGUUAACAAAACAGAUCAAAGAAAACACACAUAUUUUAAGCCUGUGAAAUAUUUUAGGUUGCAAGAAACUAACAGUGGAAACAUUAAUUGAGAAAGUCCAGGGAAACUAUUUAAAUAGUAUACUGCUUCAGGUCGAGGAAAGUAGCCUGUCCAAACAUGGUUUAUAAUUUUAUGAUACUCUGCCUCAUAGCUAAGAAUGAAAUUUUUCCAUGUGUAAACAUGCAGGACAAUUUUUAAUUGCCCUUGGGAAAUUAUUUUAGUUUCAUGAAGAAGCUGCUAACAGAGACCAAACUCAGACAGUAAAGUGACUUAAUUGAAAACAUUUGCAGAAAUAUUGUAAAGUUGAACAUGAAGCUUUCUAAUGUAACAUUACAUGUCUAUGUUAUGAUGUGUUAUAUCUGCCAUAUUGAUAAUGAACAAAUUCUAGGUCAAUCGAUAAUGAUCCAAUUUCAUUGGUUGAAUGUGUCAACCAAUCAUUUUCCUUUCUGCCCUUAAAAAACUUUUAGCAAAAUAAGUUUAUUUUUUAUUUUUAGUAAUGCUUUUAUUCCAUAAGGAUGCAUUAAGUUGAUCAAAAUUGACAGUAAAGACUUAUGUUAAUAUUUUUAUUUCAAAUAAGUACUGUUUUUUAAUCUCUUAUUUAUCAACUUAUCCUAAAAAAAUAUCACAGUUUCCGCAAACAUGGUAAGCAGCACAACUGUUUUCAACAUUGAUAGUAAUAAUAAAUUGUGUCUCGAGUAUGAAAAUAAUGGAAGUAAAUGACAUUUAUUAAAAUAUAAAACAGUUAUUCUAAAUUGUAAUCAUGUUUCACAAUAUUACUGUUUUUGCUGUAUUUUUGAUCAAAUAAAUGCAGCCUUGGUGAGCACAGAAGACUUCUUAAAAAAAAAAAAAAAGAUCGUACAGACCUCAAAUUUUUUUUACCAGUAGUGUGAGUUUAGAUUGACUUGAGACUAAGUUGUUUUAGUUACGUGGAUACAGUAUGUGGCUAUUUUUACAUGAGUUUUCUCCGGUGUUUAACCUUGCUGUGUUACACAAGCAGGGUGAAUCACAAACACAGAUGUGAACUGGGGUGAAACUGGCGUAGUAGGCUAUCCUCCUCCCCCUGAGACAAGCUGAGCCCCUUUACAUCUGCUAUUAUCAUCUGUUUCUGGAGGGUCCAACAUUAACAUGCAGUGAUGCAGAAGUGAAGUUUGACGAAAAUACAUUGAGCAUUCCACAAGAAAUCAGAGACCAUUCCCUUUGAAAUCCAAUCACCUUCGAGAGCAGAGAUCAGAUCACCCGAGACAGAUGAUCAUAUCAGGAGUCUUUGUCGUCCCUGUCUAAAAUCGUAAAUGCCACUGAAUCUCCCUCAUCAGUUCACAGUAUCUAAAUAACAAGAAUAACACUAGACAUCCUUCAAUGAUCUAGAUAACUGAGAAUCUUCACAGACAAUUCUGAGUAGGUUGUAACUGUAGCAGGUAGUGCUUUAAUAUUUGCCUGUAGCACAAAAUCAGUAUUGACUCUGAACAAAAGAUUUGCUUGCUCUUUAUUUUACAGUAUGUGCACGUACUGGGUAAUGUAAGGUAACUACAUGGUUCAGGAUAGGUUCAGGGUUAGUCGCUAGUUAUUACCCAGUUAUUGUACUAUAAGUAGUACAUAUUAUGUACAUGCAGAACAUCACUGUAAAAUAAAGCGCUACCAAAAAGUUUGUGUACUUAUAUAUUUUUAACUGUGGUUGUUGAAAAUUAACCAAUUCCUGGAAACUCUAUCAAAUGAACACUACAAGUGUUUACUGUUCUUUACUCCAGCACACAAGAUAAUCUUCGUAUAGUAAGUGGCAUUGUAUUAUUUUCUUUUUUUUUUCCAGUUGAUCUUUUGUUCUUUUCAUUAGCUUACACAAAGAUAGUUGUAUUAUGUAAGACUGGACUGACAGAUCUUUCUCUUUCUCUUUGGAAACUGAAGUGUCCUUUGAUAUAUUUCUCUUUUAAACUCUUUUGUACCUCUAUUGAUAUUAAUUAUUUUAGGGGCUGUUUUGUAUGAAUGUAAAUGUACAGCUAUAUUGUAAAUACAUGUUUAAUAAAAAAAGACACUUUUUUCAUUAUUGUGCUACAUUUUUGAGCAAGUAAUCAUUACUACAAUUCCAUU